AUGGAGACCGGCAGCGUCUUGCCGCAGCUGGGCACAAAGCGGCCCCUCGAGCCCCCCGGGCAGCAGCCGCCGGGCAGCGGGGCCGGGAAAGCCGCUGAGGAUGAUGGUGGUGGCGGGAAGGGGAGCGUGGACAGCGAUGCCGCGAGCGGGAACCCCUACGCGGGGCUGGUGAGCCGCCUGCGGGCAGCCUGGCUCUCGGGGAGGACGCGGCCCAUGGAGUACCGCGUGGCCCAGCUGGAGGCCCUGGGACGCUUCUUGGACGAGAAGAAGCAGGACGUGCUGGAGGCCACCGCCCUGGACAUGGGCAAGCCGCCCUUCGAAGCCGAAUUCUCCGAGGUCCUCCUCUGCAAGAACGAGCUCCAUGAAACGCUGAACAACCUGUCCCACUGGAUGAAGGACGAGCACGUGGACAAGAAUCUGGUCACCCGGCUGGACUCGGCCUUCAUCCGCAAGGACCCCUACGGGGUGGUGCUCAUCAUCGCGCCCUGGAACUACCCCAUCCACCUCCUCCUGGUGCCCCUCAUCAGGGCCAUCGCGGCCGGUGAGGCUGGGGACUGCUUUGCCGUGGUGACCGCCGGUGUGCAGGAGACCACCAGACUGCUGGAGAACAAGUUUGACUACAUCUUCUGCACCG